CCCAGUCGCAGUGACAGCUGCAUAGGCGCAGGGACCAGCAAGUCCGGGAGGUGGCACACUGUCCAGAGCCACCUGCACUCCGGCAGCUUGAGACCCAGCAAUUUUGGGGACCCCUCUCUUUCCACCACCUCCACUUUGGAGCAUAUCCCGUCCUCAGCAGCCCGCCCCAGGCCCCUGGUCAGGCAGCAAAGCCUCCAGCAGCCCCUAACCCACCAGCCCCCGCCAGGCCCCAACGACCCCCCAGCCACCUCCCAGAGUCUGGGCCAACUGCACACCGGGCCCGGGGGUGGGGGCCACCGGGGGGGCCCGCGGGGGGUGCGUGGUAGCCCGGCUGGGGCAGGGGCGUCCCGCUACAGGUCGGGUGGAGGGGCACGAUCACGGUCCAAUCCUGGAAGCUGGGACCACGUGAUGGGACAGAUCCGGACCAGAGGCAUGGAUGUCAAGUCAUUCCUAGAGGGGAAGAUGGUUGUGCUGUCCCUCGCGAUCGGAUUGGCUGAGCAAGAUGACUUCGCCAACCUUCCAGAUCUACAGGAGGUACCAGGGAACAAGGAAACACCUCCCACUGACAAAAGAUCUAACAAACCCGGCAGUAGCCCCAAUGGUCAGACCAAAGACGACAGCAACCGCCGGACAGACGCUAACUCUUCCGUCUCAGACCUGGCCAACUCCGUCACGAGUGAUAUGCUGAUGUUGUCUCCAGGCUCUGAGGAAGAGGAACACGAAGGACCCGUGUGCGAGAAGUUGGGACGCAUUCAGUUCAGCGUGGGAUACAGUUUUCAGGACUCCACACUAACGGUGAAAAUCCUGAAGGGUCAGGAUCUGCCUGCGAAAGACUUUUCUGGAACUUCAGAUCCAUUUGUCAAACUCUACCUUCUGCCAGACAAGAAGCACAAACUUGAGACCAAGGUCAAAAGAAAGAACCUCAACCCUCACUGGAACGAGACCUUCCUAUUUGAAGGGUUCCCCUUUGAGAAGGUAGUGCAACGCACAUUGUACCUGCAAGUGCUAGAUUAUGACCGUUUUAGCAGGAAUGACCCUAUAGGAGAGGUGUCCAUCCCCCUGAACAAGGUCGAUCUGGGCCACAUGCAGACCUUCUGGAAAGAGCUGAAACCCUGCAGCGAUGGCAGUGGGAGUCGAGGAGACCUCCUUGUGUCUCUGUGUUACAAUCCCACUGCCAACACCAUCACUGUGAGCAUCAUCAAGGCACGCAAUCUCAAAGCCAUGGACAUCGGGGGAACAUCCGACCCCUACGUCAAAGUGUGGCUGAUGAACAAAGAUAAACGAGUGGAGAAGAAGAAGACGGUGGUGAUGAAGAGGUGUUUGAACCCCGUGUUUAAUGAGUCCUUUCCCUUCGAUGUCCCCGCUCACGUCCUCAGAGAGACCACCAUCGUCAUCACAGUCAUGGAUAAGGACAGACUGAGCCGCAAUGAUGUCAUAGGCAAGAUCUAUCUCUCAUGGAAGAGUGGCCCAGCAGAGGUAAAACAUUGGAAAGACAUGAUGAGUCAUCCGCGUACUGCUGUUGCCCAAUGGCACGCUCUCAAAGCUUGAAGGACCCGCCCACCAAAAUUUGUUUAUGGAGACCCUUCCUUUAUUCACUGCUUUUAUUUUUUCCCACCAAAAAGAGGCUAAGCACUGCCAAGAAGACUGGGAGAGAAACUGAGAGAGGUAAACAGACUCGUCUUCCUUGAGAAAAAGUUUGACAACUCAACUGUUCUCUGAACAGCUGGACCGUGGAACAGGGUGACUUCUAUCAUGGAACUUCAAUCGCUGAACUUGAAACGGCUGAAAACAAUCUCCCGAACAGACCCUAUUAUUGCCAUGUUUAUGUCUCACCUCCCUCGUGCCGUCCCUCUGAGCGUACGGAAAGAUCCGGAAGGAUCGCAACCACAGUGCAAUACCUAGUUGAAGGAGGGAUGAACUUGUUGUGUGUUGGACUUCGUCACCUCUUGAUGUUUUUCUCGGAACAGUGUAGAAAUUCGCUGGAACUCUUUGUCGUCUGUAUGUACUGUGGGUGCUGUUAUGUGACAGAAAAAAGAGGUCUUGUUAAAAAAAAACAGAUAAAUGAAAAACUGAAGCUCACUUUAAUUGACUGGAUCAGUUCAAAUGCGUAGGGGAAAUAUGUUUAAACAAUUUUAGAACAUUCCAAUAAGUGUAUAAAACAAAAUAGGGUCAAAAAAUGAGAACUGUUAGUGGGUCUACGCAAGUACUUGAAUGCUUGUUGUUUCUAGCCGAGUAAGCUUGAUUUCAUGCAUUGUUGCGUCAGAGUACCAUUAUGCCCCGUUUCCACCUGGUAUUAAGAUGCGUUUUCAGUGAUCCGGUCACAAGUGGUCAUUCGAGGCAUAUUACCAUUUACACCUGGUCUCAAAAUGCGUCUCCUAUGACCACUUGUGUUUGGAUUUUGUCAAGAUCAUCCCCCUCUUAUUUUGUCACACUCUGCAUCACUUUCGUAGAAGCGCCGAGUACAGCGCACAAAUUCGAUUGAUUGAAUAAAUGAAGCCAUUAUGCUGUUUGCGAGCGAGCUGGAAAGGAAGCGAAUGGUAGAUUCGAUUGUAGUCUUAGUGAAGAUUUUUGGUGGGCUUUUUCAAAAUAUGUCAAAUAACUUCAUGGGUGUUUGAGCACAUGAGCAUCUGCACUACAAAAGCAACCUGGUUGAACGGGUCAAAAGUGGACAAGCUCAAAACUUUUAGACCCAGUUUACUCCUGUAUUUAGCAUUUUCUAAUUGUGAUCAGAGUGACAAAAAUGCAUUUUAAAGGGAUAGUUCACCCAAAAAUGAAAAUUAUCCCAUGAUUUCCUCACCCUCAAGCCGUCGUAGGUGUAAAUGACUUUCUUCUUUCAGACAAAC